AGAUGGUAAUAGUGGCCCGAGCCAAGCACCACCUUUCCCUGGUGUCCCACCGUCAGGGAUACCUCCACCUUUUAUGGGACCACCGGGAAUGCCGCCUCAUUUUCCGCCUAUGGGAAUGCCGCCGAUGGGCCAGAGGCCUCCUAGCAUGACUCCGAUGCCUCCGGGAAUGAUGCCACCCAUGAUGCCACCCAUGGGGGCUCCUCCUAUGGGACAGAUGCCAGGCAUGAUGCCGCCGAUGAUGCCCGGGAUGAUGAUGCCACCGCGAAUCCCAGCUGCAGCGAUCCAGCCGACAGGACCGCCUGGUGUUAGCCCUGUGGACAAUGCUGCCUCCUCCGCUACAUCAGCCACAGCAACAUCAUCAACAAAUGACUCCCCUCAAGAUGACCAGCCAAAAAAGAAAUCAGUGUGGACUGAGCACAAGUCUGUGGACGGAAAGACCUACUAUUACAACACAGAGACUAAGCAGUCUACAUGGGAGAAACCAGAUGAGCUGAAAUCUCCAGCUGAGCAAUUGCUUUCCAAGUGCCCGUGGAAGGAGUACAAGUCAGACACGGGAAAGCCAUACUAUUACAACUCGCAGACCAAGGAGUCGCGCUGGACCAAACCAAAGGAGCUGGAAGACCUCGAGGCUAUGAUAAAAGCUGAGGAAAAUGGAACGACGGAGGUUGCAGCUCCUGGUACCGCGCCCGCUUUCCUCGCCCCGGCGGACCCCUCCGCCGCUGCCGCUGCUGCCGCCGCCGCCGCCACCGCCGUCGCCAUGUCUGCCGUUGCCGAGGCAGACAGCACCGUGGCAACCGGCCCCGUGGCGGUCGCCGAGGAACAGAUGUCGCACGUGCCGGCCCAGGCUGCUGAGGUCAGCACGGAUGUGCCUGUGAACUCUCUGGAGGACACACCCAGUCAGGACGCACCUGCCAGUAUUGAUGUGUCCAAAGAAGAGAGGCCAGAGCUGGUGAAGAAAGUCUACAAGUGGAACACCAAAGAAGAGGCCAAGCAGGCUUUCAAAGAGCUGCUUAAAGAGAAGGGUGUCUCGUCCAAUGCCUCAUGGGAACAGGCGAUGAAACUGAUCAUCAACGACCCGCGUUACAGUGCACUGCCCAAGCUGAGUGAGAAAAAACAGGCCUUUAAUGCCUACAAGGUGCAAACAGAGAAGGAAGAAAAAGAAGAAGCCAGGAUCAAAUAUAAAGAGUCCAAAGAGACCUUCCAGCGUUUCUUAGAGAAUCACGAGAAAAUGACAUCAACCACCAGAUACAAGAAAGCAGAGCAGAUGUUUGGAGAGCUUGAGGUGUGGAGCUGUGUUCCUGAAAGAGAUCGUAUAGAGAUCUACGAGGACGUGCUUUUCUACCUUGCCAAGAAAGAAAAGGAACAAGCCAAGCAGCUGAGGAAGAGGAACUGGGAGGCGCUGAAGAACAUUCUGGACAACAUGGCCAAUGUUACGUACCGUACGACCUGGUCAGAAGCUCAGCAGUACCUGCUGGACAACCCAACGUUCGCAGAGGACGAGGAACUCCAAAACAUGGAUAAGGAGGACGCUCUGAUUUGUUUCGAGGAGCACAUUCGUGCUCUCGAGAAGGAGGAGGAGGAGGAGAAGCAGAAGUCUUUGCUCAGAGAGAGACGCAGACAGAGAAAAAACAGAGAAGCUUUUCAGAAAUUUCUGGACGAGCUCCAUGACCACGGUCAGCUGCACUCCAUGUCAUCAUGGAUGGAAAUGUACCCAACAAUCAGCGCUGACAUCCGAUUUGCCAGCAUGCUCGGACAGCCAGGCUCAACGCCCCUUGAUCUGUUUAAAUUCUACGUGGAGGAUCUCAAAGCUCGUUACCAUGACGAGAAGAGGAUCAUUAAGGACAUCUUAAAGGACAAAGGCUUUCUGGUGGAAAUCAACACCAACUUUGAGGACUUUGGUUCGGUCAUCAGCUCAGACAAAAGAGCCACCACAUUAGACGCCGGGAACAUUAAACUGGCCUUUAACAGUUUACUGGAGAAAGCAGAAGCUCGGGAGAGGGAGAGGGAGAAAGAGGAGGCCAGGAAGAUGAAAAGGAAAGAAGCUGCAUUCAGGAGCAUGCUAAAACAGGCCACGCCUCCUCUGGAACCAGACUCCACCUGGGAAGGUGUGAGAGAGAGAUUUUUGAAAGAGCCUGCGUUUGAGGACAUAACACUGGAGUCAGAGAGAAAACGGAUAUUUAAAGAUUUCAUUCACGUCUUGGAGCACGAGUGUCAGCAUCAUCACUCCAAGAACAAGAAGCACUCAAAGAAGUCCAAAAAGCACCACAGAAAGAGGUCCCGCUCUCGCUCGGGCUCGGAAUCGGAAGACGACGACUAUCACUCAAAGAAAAAGAAACGCUCGCAGUCUAAAUCCCCGUCUGAGCACUCCUCCUCUGGAGAAUCCGAGAGGAGUUAUAAAAAGUCGAAAAAGCAUAAGAAGAAGGGGAAGAAAAGACGACAUAAGUCGGGAUCACCCGAAUCUGACGGAGAGAAGGAGCGAAAAGGACGAGAGAAAGAGAAGGAGAAAGAAAAAGAGAACGACAAGUCCAGGGGGAAAACUCGUUCUAACUCCAAACAAAAAUCCCCCAAAAGAAAAUCUACUAAAGAGGAGGGAGGCUGGGACACUUCAGGCAGUGAGCUGAGUGAGGGAGAGCUGGAAAAAAGGAGAAGAACUUUGCUGGAGCAGUUGGAUGCUCCGUAAUUCUUUUCAUCUCGGCUUUUUUUUUUGUCUGUCUUUUAUCAAAAAAUGCAUUCCUUCACCACCGGUCUCAUCACACGCCGAGCCACGUUGACGGUGCUCAGAGACGAGCAUUUAGGGCACGCCCCCCCGUUAUGAAAUGGUUGUUUUUUUUUUUUUUUAGG